AGUUCACAUGCAGGCUGUUCCUUCCCAUCGUGAGUGCUGGCCAGGAGCAAGCUCAAUCUCCGUGAUCCGACCUCCUUUCCCUUUUAACACGCCGCCAUUGAAAGUGACAGCAUGGAUUGCGUCAGGCCCAAAAGUUAUGCAAGAUAUUCCUUCGGUUUGCCUGUUGCGUGCUGACCGGUGCUCAGCUCAAGCUACAACACAGACAACGAGACACCACAGAAACGAUGCUGAGCUUCCAUCUAUUGUUGUUCUUGUUUGCAUGCCCUUUCCUCUGGGUGAAGGUGGACAGGAACUCCUGCUGCAUUACCCGCGUGCUACUACCAGCAGCCAUCAGCUGCGCCCCUCAUUUAUCGAGCGAGUAGAGAGUCUUCUGUCAACCGCAUCGCACUCGGUUUGAUUUGCAAUCAUCAGAACUCAUUGAUUGUGCCAUGUCCUGUUGGACCCUUCGCACCGUUAAUAAGUCCCUGGCUUGCGGCGAUUCCAUUCUUCUCUUCUUCCCUCCGCCCCCUUCAUUCUCCCUUCGCACUGCACAUUCAAGACCUCUAAUAAUUGCAUUUCCUUCUCUUACACGUUCGGUCCAUUCACCACUCGAUCGCACCACCAGAGCUCGUCACACCUUUUCUGGUGUUCCCUGGUCUUUUCGGCUUUCCUCCGCAACCCCUCUUUGCGCUUCCCAAUGAAAAACGCGCGUGGGCCGGCCUCGACGGCUGCCAACCCCCUGCGCAGUCCACAGAGGCUGUGGGUCCAGCGGCGCCCGCAACAGACCGAGACUCGUAAACACAGCAGCGUACUUCACUCGAUAAAACGCUUCGUCUGCCGCAUCGAUGUGUGCUGGACCUUCUUCUUCUUUGUGCUUCUCGUGUGCGUGGCGGCGACAACCACCUCCAUCACACAGAUAAAGAUAUCCCACACCCUCUUGGACAACCUACACGACGUGCACGCCUUACACAUCACCGUCCUUUCCAAGAAGCUUAACCAGGGCAAUAGCCGCCUUGUGGACAUGGCUGCCGGCUAUCUGGCGCUGCACGCGGACACGCCCUUCCAAUUUCGGUCGGAGAAGACGCUGUCCACGCUCUGCACACUCCUCAAGAUGUACGAUAUCACGAUCGACUUCCGUUUCCUGGCUAUCUCUUCGCCGGAACGCAACGAGUCCGUCGCCUGUCUGCACGGAGAUGAUAAAUUGGGCUCCGUCAGUCAGCUGUACGGCUGGAUCACGGAGAACGGCGUCAUCCCUGGCGUCUACCUAGUGAACGACUCCAGCAACGAGUUUAUGCGUCCCUUGCAACCGGUGUACGGCGGGUGGCCGAAGUCGCAGUACAACCUCUCUAGGUUCAUCUCGUUGAUGUAUCAUACAAGCGCUGUCUUCCCGGAGUCGGCCGCGUACUUCAACGGCAGUAUCGAGUACAUCGACUACCGCACCAUGUGGAACUCCUUCGAUGCUCUCCCGCACAUCAUCUACUGCACCAUCCCCGCUGGCUUCCUCUUCCGCGGACUCAAACUGCCCGACGGUGUGAGCGUGAUGGACUACGUAGGUGUGCGUGUCAACGGCGCGGGACUCCUGUUGACACGCACUGCCUCGUCUUUGACUAACAUCACCGCUGCCAUCUUCAUCAACGCCACGCUCACCGACGAAGACCCAUCCGUGAUGUCGAACAACUGGGGACAGCAGUCCGUGAACGAUACGGAGAUUCUCUCGCACUUGGAGGACAGCCACGUCCGCUAUCUCAAGGUCAGCAACGUCUCCAACCCCCUCAUGCGAGCAGCGCUGCGGCAUGUGGACCUGAAGGCGCUGCAGCAGGAGGGCUGCAACCGCACGGUGGACUUCCAGUACAGGGGUGCGCCGGCCACCGUCACGGCGAUCGUCGUCACCACCUCGCACGGCCUGACGCUGCCGAUGGUGUUCGCGAGCUCGGACGCGGCCACGGCGAUGCCGUACCGCCGCAUCAUGAACAUCUGCAACGGCGCCACGGCGAUCGCUGUUGUGCUCUUCACGGCGCUCUUCUGGCUCUUCGUGCACCGCUACAUGCACCAGCCGCUGCAGCGUGUGUCGCGCCGCAUGCUGGGCAACCUGCGCGCCGGCCACCGCGCACACACACGCGAGCCGCACCUGCAGCUGUUCCGGCUGACGGAGGUGCACGCGCUGCUGCAGGCGCACCGCAGCACGGUGGAGCGGCUGCGCGAGAUCGACGCGUUCAUCCCGCGGGACGUGCAGGAGCAGAUGGCCCACGGCGUGCGCUCGCCGAGCCGGGCGGCGGUGCACCGCGCUGCGCCUGCGCCGGCGGGGGAGGCCGCGGGGGAGGCCGCAGGUGCCGGCCCGUCGUGCGGCGCGCUGCUGCAGCAGGUGUCCACGCUGGUGUACGUCACGGUGCGGCCCUGCGACGACGUGCCGGCGCCGAUGCGCAGCCCGUCCACGCUGGCGGCGCUGGCGCAGCAGCCCCACACGCGGCAGCGCCUCGCCUCCGUCGUCGCACGCGCCGCGCGGGCCGCCGAGCUCGUCAACAGCGGCCCCUUCCCCACGCCGGCGGCGCUCGAGGGCUUCGUCGCCGCGCUGCACGAGCUGAGCGAGGAGUACGGCGGCACGGUGCACCGCCUGACGCCGGACAGCUGCGUGCUGCACUUCGGCAAGGCGGUGCGCGCGCACAUGACGCGCGGCGGCGGCGGCGGCGGCGGUUGUGGAGCCGCGGCAGCGCGCGAGCAGGCGUGUGCGGCGCGCGACGCGCGGAACGCGAUGCGCUUCGCCUUGGCGCUGCAGCGCUGGGUGGACCGCUGCGGGACGCCGAGCAUGCCGGACGUGCGGGUGCUGGCGGACACGUCGGAGUUCAUCUGCGGGCAGUACCGGCCGACGGGCAGCGAGCAGACGCUGUUGGUUGCGCUGGGCCGCGACGUGCAGCGCAAGCUGGGCCACGUGCCCGCCAGCAUCGGCGUGCGCAUCGCCAUGACGGAGGAGACGGCGAGGCUGGUGCGUGGUGGGCAGGCGGGGUGCGGCGCCGCGGGGGCUGUGCGGCAGAUCCCGGUGGAGGCGUUCCAGGUGGGGCGCGCGGGCCUGAACGCGGACGUGGUGAUCCUGUUCGAGGCGCUGCCGGGGCCCGUGAGGGACGACGAGGCGUGGCGCCUCUACUGGGUGUGCUGCGUCCGCGCCUUCUCGUGCAUGGUGCGCGGCAACUACGCGGGUGCGCUGAGCGCGUACAGGGAGGUGGCGGACAUCUCGGACCUGGAGCCGGGGCUGAUGCCUGCGAGUCUGCGCCGCGAGGCCGCGAGGAGCGACGUCACCGGCGGUGCGGUGUCGGUGCAGGCGGAGCGGCUGAUGCGCGAGUGCGAGCGUCGCGUGGCGUGCGGCGACGUCCGCCUUUUCUACCGCGAGCGCCACGUUCCCUUGGGCAUCGAUGCCCUGCUGUGCGGUGUGACGCCGGCCGGUGUUGUCCCUGAGACGGUGGAGCCCCGCGUUGCGGCGGAGGAAACGGGGCGCUCCCACGGCCACCCCGUGCACACGGAAAGCCGCAGAGCGCCCAUGCCUGUCCCGAAGGCGACGGAGCGGCGUGUGGUCUUGUUGGGCGACGGCGGCGAUGCCGUGAAGACCGUCAUUGGGAGUACGUGGGACUGGUUUCAGGACAACAACGACCUCCGCUGGCACGUGGCGGCCCGGCCUCACGAGUACACGCCGAUCGCACUGUGGAACUCACGCCUUCCGUGCUUGGGGGAAGCGGGGCUGCUGGCGACGAUGAGCUUUUUCCCCCUCCGCGACGUCCCCCCGGUGGUGGCCAACGCCAUUCGCGACGCGCCGGUGGGCCCCAUGUCCGAUGCGCUGCGGAGUGCGGUGCCGGUGGUUGGUGCGACGCCGCGUCAGAAGGCAGCGCUGCACACGCUGUACCGCCAGCACGGCCAGCUGCAGCACCCCAACCUGCUGGUGCCGCUCAGCUACUCCACGUCUGUGGAGGGCGGCGUGGUUGUGGUGUGGGAGUACAACUCCGGCGGCACGCUUCGCGAACUCGCCGCCCGCUACUACCGCAUCAAGCCGCUCACGGAAGCACGCUUUAUGCUCGACGUCGCCUCCGUGCUGGCCUACCUGCACCAGCACGGUGUCGUGCACGGCGGAGUCAGUCUGGACAACGUCUUUGUCGGCGCGGAUGGCGCGUGCCGUCUGCGUGGGCACUGCGUUGACAUCACCAAACUGAAGGAGCUUUUUUGUGUGCCGCGGCUCUGCUACGUGAGCCCCGCCAUGGCUGCCGGGGCAGUGCCGACGCCGGCGUGCGACAUGUUCUGCUACGGACUGAUGGGCAUCGAGCUGCUGUCGGGUGCGGCGGCGUGGAAGUGGGCACCGGUGCCGGAGGGGCAGCCGCAGCGGUCGGCGGAGGAGCUGAGUGCGCUGAUGGCGGAUGCAGCGCAGCCCUUCUUUGACGCGGUGGUUGCCGGCCGUAUCGUGGCGAACACAGACGCGCUUGACGCCAUGCCCCUCACAGACGAGACAAGCCUCCGGUGCUACCGGGUGGUGCGCGACUGUCUGUCACCCGAUCCAUUACAGCGGCCCACUGCUCGGGUGGUGCGCAGGCUGUCCAGCGCCCUUCUCGCCCCUGUCGAAGCAGAGUUGGGUGGCGAUGUCCACGCGUAA